CUCUGCCGGCGGAAGGGCGAGGCGAGCGGGGAGCGGCGGCGCGGCCCCGGCCCGGUGCGGAGCAGGGCCCGCCUCCGCACCACAUGAUGCCGCUGCUCCUUCCUGCCGCCCCUGUCCCGAGGAGAAAAGGGAACUGGGCGCAGGGCGGGAGGAAGUGACUGCGCUCCACGCCCCGCCGCGGGAAACACGCAGCCCCUGCUUCCCGACCCCUGUCCCCAGUGGGCCGGGCUGGGCUAUGGCGGGGUUGUGGCUGCUGCUGGGCGCCGCGCUGGCCCCGGCCGCUAGUGCCUUCAACCUGGACGUGGAGCGCCCGGCUGUCUACUCGGGCCCCGAAGGCAGCUACUUCGGCUUCGCGGUGGAUUUCUUCGCUCCCGACCCAUCCUCGGUAUCUCUUCUGGUGGGAGCUCCAAAAGCAAACACAACUCAGCACAACAUCGUAGAAGGAGGACAGGUGCUAAAAUGUAGCUGGAAUUCAAACAGAAACUGCCAGCCGAUUGCAUUUGACUCCACAGGCAACAGAGAUUUUGCUCCCGAUGAUCCACUGGAAUUUAAAUCUCAUCAGUGGUUUGGAGCUUCUGUGAGAUCAAAAAAUGAUAAGAUUCUGGCCUGUGCCCCCUUGUACCACUGGAGAACUGAAACGAAACAAGAGAGAGAGCCUGUAGGAACUUGUUACCUGCUUGCUGGAUCAAAAUCUGUGGAAUAUGCACCCUGCAGGUCAACCACUAUUGAUGCAGAUGGACAGGGGUUUUGUCAAGGUGGAUUCAGCAUUGACUUUACAAAGGGGGACAGAGUGCUGCUUGGAGGACCUGGAAGUUUUUACUGGCAAGGCCAACUUAUUUCUGAUCGAGUGACAGAAAUUGUGGCUAAAUAUGACUCCAAAGUCUACAGCACGAAGUAUGAUGACCAGUUAGCAACCAGACCUGCCAGUGCUGCUUUUGAUGACAGCUACUUGGGUUAUUCAGUGGCUGUUGGAGACUUCAGUGGUGAUGGCAUUGAAGACUUUGUAUCAGGAGUUCCGAGAGCCGCAAGGACUCUGGGCAUGGUGUCUAUUUACAAUGGGAAAAACAUGUCUUCCAUGUACAACUUCACUGGGGAACAGAUGGCUGCAUAUUUUGGGUAUUCGGUGGCUGCCACAGAUAUCAAUGGGGACAAUUACACAGAUUUAUUUAUUGGAGCCCCUCUCUUUAUGGACCGAGGUUCUGAUGGGAAACUUCAGGAGGUCGGCCAGGUUUCGAUUUGCCUUCAGCGAGCCUCUGGAGGGUUUCAGAUCACAAAGCUGAAUGGUUUUGAGAUAUUUGCGAGAUUCAGCAGUUCUAUUGCACCUCUAGGGGAUCUAGAUCAGGAUGGCUUCAAUGAUAUUGCGUUUGCUGCACCAUAUGGUGGAGAGGACAAGAGGGGACUGGUCUAUAUCUACAAUGGAAGACCAUAUGGUUUGAAUGCAGUCCCAUCUCAAAUCCUUGAAGGGCAGUGGGCCGCUCGCACUAUGCCACCCAGCUUUGGGUACUCGCUGAAAGGAGCCACAGAUGUGGAUAUAAAUGGAUAUCCAGACUUGAUUGUUGGAGCCUUUGGUGUUGAUACAGCUGUUUUGUACAGGGCUAGACCAGUUAUUCGAGUAAAUGCUGCCUUGGAAGUCAAUCCAACUAUUCUAAACCCAGAAAACAAAGCCUGUUCGCUGUCAGGUGUCAAAGUGUCUUGUUUCAAAGUAAAGUUCUGUCUAAAAGCGGAUGGCAAAGGAAAGCUCCCAAAUUCACUCAAUUUCCAAGUGGAGCUGCUGUUGGAUAAACUGAAGCAGAAAGGAGCUAUAAGGAGAGCUCUCUUUCUUCACAGCAGGCAGCCCAGCCACUCUAAGAACAUGACCAUUACCAAGGGGGGCAAAAUGAACUGUGAAGAGCUUGAUGCUUUUUUGAGGGAUGAAUCUGAAUUUAGAGACAAACUAACUCCCAUCACUAUUUUCAUGGAAUAUCGUCUGGAUUACAGAACAGCUGCAGAUGCAACAGGGCUGCACCCUAUCCUCAACCAGUUCACUCCUGCUAAUAUGAGCAGACAGGCACAUAUUCUGCUGGAUUGUGGUGAGGAUAAUAUCUGCAAACCAAAGCUGGAGGUAUCAGUAGAAAGUGAUCAGAAGCAGAUCUAUAUUGGUGAUGAUAAUCCCUUGACACUAAUUGUCAAUGCUCAGAAUCAAGGGGAAGGUGCCUAUGAAGCAGAACUCUUUGUCAUCGUUCCACCCCAGGCAGAUUUCAUUGGUGUUGUUCGUAACAAUGAGGCUUUAGCAAGACUGUCAUGUGCAUUUAAAACAGAGAAUCAAACUCGCAUGGUAGUCUGUGACCUGGGAAAUCCCAUGAAAGCAGGAACUAAGCUAUUAGCUGGCCUGCGUUUCAGCGUGCACCAGCAGUCUGAAAUGGAUACCUCUGUCAAGUUUGACUUGCAGAUACGAAGCUCCAACCUGUAUGACAAUCUGAGUCCAGUAGCAUACUAUCAGGCUGACCUUGCUAUUUCAGCAGCUGUUGACAUUAGAGGCGUGUCAUCUCCUGAUCACAUAUUCCUUCCCAUUGCAAACUGGCAGCCAAAGGAGAAUCCAGAAACAGAAGAGGAUAUUGGGCCUUUGGUUCAGCAUAUCUAUGAGCUGAGAAACAAUGGUCCAAGUGCAUUCAGCAAGGUGAUGAUGACUCUGCAGUGGCCUUACAAAUACAAAAAUGACACACUGCUGUAUAUUGUUCAAUAUGAAAUUGAUGGCCCCAUGAACUGCACUUCUGAUAUGGAAAUCAAUCCCUUGAAAAUCAAGAUUUCUGCUUCUAAAGAUGAUGACAGGAACGAAACGCUUAGCAGGGAAGAUAACCACAAUCAUCGUAUCAGUCGAAGGGACCUAACUGCAAUGGAAGGAGAUGUGCAGACUUUGGGCUGUGGGACUGCUGAUUGUUUGAAGAUAGUCUGUCAAGUUGGUCACCUGGAAAGGGGAAAGAGUGCAAUAUUAUUCUUGAAAUCACGCCUUUGGACCCAAACAUUCAUGAAUAAAGAAAACCAGAAUCACUCCUAUUCUCUCAAAUCCUCUGCUGCUUUCAAUGUUAUAGAGUUCCCCUAUAAGAACCUUUCCUUUGAAGACAUCCACAAUUCUACAGUAGUUACUACAAAUAUUACAUGGGGCAUUCAACCACAGCCUAUGCCCGUGCCAGUGUGGGUUAUAAUUUUGGCUGUCCUAGCAGGAUUACUGCUCUUGGCUGUUCUAGUGUUUGUUAUGUACAGGAUGGGCUUUUUCAAACGUGUGAGACCACCUCAGGAAGAACAAGAAAGAGAACAACUACAACCACAUGAGAAUGGGGAAGGAACCUCAGAAGCUUAAGCAGAGUUUUAUCUGUAAAACACUGAAGUUUUACAAUGCCUACGUCUUGGUUACAACUAUUGGUUUCCCUCUUAAGGAAGAAAGACUCUUGACUGCAGAGCUGCUGGUCUUGGAAGGUAUCAGCACGUACACAAUAAGAGCAAUAUAUUUAAAUCCUUUAUGCAUUCUGUUCAUUCUUGUGACUAACACAUCUGCACUGAUCUGUGUGUGAAAAAAAUCAGUAGUAUGUAGUGCCACGAUUUUGCUUGUUGGGAUGUAGGAAACACCAUCUCUCUCUUGAUUCCUGGACCAACUGUGCAUGAAUUGCUACACAGAUUUCACAUUUGCUCCUGAAGCCAACAGCUUCCGUAGAUACUUGCUGGAUGUCAUGUUUAGUUUUAGUUGAUACUUUUUAUUGGAAUACACUACACUUCAUUUCCUAGUUCCUGAAAGCAAGUUGCACAAAAAAAAUGAAUGCAGCUUGUCCUAUGAAACUGAAGAAUGUUUUUUGACCCACUAACUCUGAUGAUGAUUUUCCUCCUGCUUGAGAAGUACUCAGUGGAAUCAUUCACAUCCGAUACCUGUUCUGCAUGGCUGUUCCUUUCCUCCUUGGUCAUAUGGCUUGUGGUUCCCCUCUAGACUUUACAACUGUUGUUCUCCAGAUCCUAGGUCUCUUACUACAGAGAUAGGGCUUACAGAAAGGGGAGUGAGCAGUAGAAUGCUGAGGAUGGUGUUGUUUUUGUGGGGCCUAGUGAAAAGAUUUGCAGUUAGAUCCAAAGACUCUGCUGUGUAUUUUUAUGAAGCAGGACACAGGUGCUCCACAGAAUUCUCAGCAGCAUGGACUCCUAGAAUCAUAGAAUGGGGACCUCAAAGAUCAUCCAGUUCCAACCCUCUGCCAUAGGCAGGGACACCUCCCACUAGAACAGGCUGACCAAGGCCUCAUCCAGCCUUGAACACCUCCAGAGAGAGUAUCCACAACCUCUCUGGGCAACCUGUGCCAGUGUCCUGCCACCCUCACUGGAAAGAACCCUUUCCUAACAUUUAGUUUGAACCUCCCCUCUUCCAGUUUAAACCUAUUACCCUUUGUCCUGUCAUUGCAAGACCUUGUAAAUAGUCCCUGCCCAGCCUUCUUGUGGGUUCCCUAGAUUCAUUCAGGUACUGCCUAAAACAGGGUGAUAAACUGUGGUUGCCAACCCCCAUCUCCAAUAAGAAAACCCACAGCCUUUCUGUUCACAAGUCAAGUCUUUAUUUCAUUUUGUUCAUUCAUAGCACAUUUCAUUGCACAAAACACAUUCCAUUGCACACAAGGCAUUUUGUUAUGUUCCAGACAUUUCAUUACCAGACACUAAGAUACUUUAUUUCAUUGGUUGUUUAAACAUACCAAAAGUUCAGCGCUUUAAAGCCAUGUGUUUAUGUCAUUCUUAACUUACUGCCCUUGCACUGGUGUGGUUAAGUGAUGCCUUAAGAGAGCAUAAGAACACUGUCAAUAUGCAUUUCAUAGGCAUGUUAAAUGCAGAUUAAGAGGUUGGUUGGCUUGAACCUCGUGUAGCUUUGUCACACGAAUCUUAGUGUGGAUGUACUUAAACUGCUACAAAGGUGCCUUAUAUGAGAUUUGUUUAUUCUCUGUUCCAAAAAAGGAAUAACUUACUUUCUAAACUCCCUGUAUGCAGCCAUAUGCAGAAAGGAAGGCUUCUACUGUAAUUAUAGCAGUGAGAUUUCUCUGUAGGCAAGCUCUUAGAAGAACAGAACUUCUGGUUUUGUUUGGUUUUGUAUGUUGGGAGUGUUUGUUCGAAGCUGCAUCUCUCCCACAAACACUGCAAUGCCCAGUAAACCCAGAAAUAUCUGAAAUGAUGAACAGUUUGAUUCAACUCUCAUUUCUUCAUCCUGUCCACAAAUGGCUUUUGUUGUUAAGCCCAUUCUUACUCGCUGAACCAUGGUGGCAUUUGAGUCAUUAAGAGAGACAGCACAAAGUCUGUGGGGGCCAGUACGUGUAUCAGAUACAGGCUUGCAUAUUUAUCCAUUUGCAUGUUUCUGUUUUAGACAGUUUGUUUAGAUAGGAUGAGAUUACGUGAGAGGGUAUAGGGUGUAAUUCUGCUUUCACUGAAUUUUCAUGGUCUUCAGUGUGGCCAGCAUUGUAUUUUUUUGCUUUUACUUACAGUAUUGUUAAUAGUAAUAUAGUAGAGAAUCAGGAGUCAGCCUUUGAUUCUGGCCUCAAAAUGUGAUUUUAUAAAAUACUGUUUCAGCUACUUACAUGGGCUCCUAACUCACACACUUUGUUGACUGAUUAUCUAUAUAUAAGGAGAUUGUUUCUAUCCAGUCUUAAUCUUAGUAGGUUAAGAGAUUUAAGAGACUGUCAGACAGAUUAUAGCUCUAAUUCUUACAUGUGUGCUUUCAUUACAUGUACACAGUGUUGACUUGAAAUUUAUGAGACUACUUGCAUGUCUAGACAUUGUAAGGAGAUGAAAGUAAAUUACAGUACAAUAGCACGAUCAAGAUCUCUUCAGCUGGAAGGGAAGGGAUACUGCAGUGGUGUUAAUGGCAGUGUUAACUGCAGCUUCAUUUUAUGCUGUGGCAACUGGAAACUCGGGCUGAUUUUCAGGAUAAAAAGGUACAUUUUAUUGGUACAACUACUGUAGCUGAGGAAAGUUUCUUCCGUUUAUUGAAGUUACAUAAAGUAAGAUUUAUUUAAGUGAUUCUUAGUUUCUUGCAUUCUACUGGAGAAUAAAAUCACAUAGGUGCUUCUCCCAUGUCCACUAAUUUCCAGCUUGGUUAGAAAUAAAGUGUAGCAUAUUUAAAUUAAGUAUACAGAUUACUUAGUGGGCAUAGACAGGAUCACAGAACAUUAGAGGUUGGAAGGGACCUCCAGAGAUCAUCCAAUCCAACCCCCCCACCAAAGCAGGAUCAUCCAGGGUAGUCUGCACAGGAAUGCAUCCAGGCAGGUUUUCAAAGUCUCAAGAGAAGGAGGCUCCACAACCUCUCUGGGCAGCCUGUUCCAGGGCUCCAAAUUCAGUUUAAAGUAAUAUUUGUGUUUGAAAAUAAUUCUGAACAAGGAUGCAGGAAACUUUUGAUGUCACAUUCUAUACUCAGUAAGUUUACAGGCUGUGUAUGUACACUUGUGUCCAGUAUAAAGUUCAUACUGACUUACAGGCAUUAAUGUUUUCUUAGAGCAAAUAUUGUAGAAUGAUGUUAAAAUAUUUACAGAAACUUGAAAUAUGCAUUUUGGAAUGCAGAUAAUGCCUUUGAGUUAAAACUAAUGUGCAUAAGAUGCAUACUGCAAGCAUUAAAAAACAAACAAGUGCAGUAACAGAAUGUAGUCCUCUUUUGAGAAUCGUGUUUCAGAAGCAUAUUUUUCAUGACUAUAAAAUCAGUAGCUAUGUAACUAUUUAGUGAAAAUAUUUUAAAAGGAGCUAUAUCUUUUAUAAUGAAAUAUGAAAUUCUCUAAGUACUCCAGCUCGCAUUUCUCACAGUGUCUCAUGAUCAACAUUAAGAAGUGAUUUCUAUUUCGAAAUGCAUGUUUAUCUGUUAACGUAUUUCACAAUAUUUAGAAAACACAAAGCAAGGAACCUUAUUUAUAGGUUUACAUUUCUGUCAGUAGACUAUGAUAUGGUGGAGAUGGCUUUCGCAUAAGCAUGGCUGCGAAGUCAAAUAAUGCGCUGCAUCUGUCAGUAUAAAUUCAGAUCUUUGAGUAAAUGCUCACAGAUUAUCAGUAGCAGGUAUAGAAUUUUCUCUCUCCCAUUUUCCUGUCUUAAAUGUUGAUCUAUACACAUUGAUCUUUGACUCAUGUGAUGUUUGUGGGAGCUUCAAGGAAGUUUGUUGUAUAUGCUCUUUCUUUAUAAAACAUUUAUUCCAAGAAAAUAAUUUUAAUACUGAGUUAUCUCUAGGCUUGUGUCUGUGCUUCAGUAAUCCAAGGUAAACUCUCACGGGUAUUUUGAAAGUGUUUCAGCAAUAACUGGUGUCCUGGGUGAUUUGAGGGAUUCAUGCUGCAUUUAAAUGUUUGCAACAUUUGAGGGUUGCUGUGAGUUAACUUGGCUUAAGCCCUGCAGGAUUUUUUCUUAGACCUUCAGGAACAUUCACAGAGCAGCAUGACCCUGGCAAAAACAAUCUAGUCAGUUUCUGCCUUCAGUCCAGAUGAAAGCCUGUUACGCAGGCCAAUAAUGACACAGACAACCUGACGUUCAUUGCUACUGCCUUAGAAGCAACCCUCUGUGUUCAGUGCUGCUGGCUGUCGUGAAAAAAACCAAACCAGGAGUUGAAAAAAGGAAAAUGGAGAGCCAGAAAAUAAAAAGAUGAUGUCAGACCUGAGAUGAGCCUUACAUCAAAGAGAUUAUUGUGUCUCUGCCCACGAUGGGAAAAAAACUAUCAGUUGUGUGUCAGCAGUGGUCUCCUGUCACAAACACAUCUCACCAUUUGGGUCAUGAUGAUACAGUGAGCUCCACUAACCCUUACUGAUUUGGGUGGGAUCUGAACUCCUUGGUACUGAAUCUCUGGCUUCUCAUUCCCAAGUGCUCAGAUCUAGCUCACUGCCAAGUCAUGUGUUUAUUUCUGUUUGCCUAAGAAGGAAUGUCACAGUUGUUGACUUGCAGUGGUCAGUGUUCUUCAAGACAUUAACAAAAACAGUGUGUUGUGUUGAGGUGAUAAAUGAACAACAGCAUAGAAAGUUUUUGAUGACCCACAUUGGGUGAAACAUAAUGUAAAAAGCAUCCAUUACUAACUCUGGAGUUACUGAUACAAUAUUCUUUUAAGUCCGCUGUGGAAAAUUUGACUAGAGACUAUACAAUAAUGGACUUGAGUCUGUAGUGCAACUACUGAUCCAUGUGGUUAUCCUAUUUAGUAUUUCAGUCUGUUUUUUCCAACAUAUGGAAUAUGUUAUAUUACACAGAAACUCUAACCUUUCAUGCAACGACCUUCUCCAACUAUGCUGCAUAAAGGCUGAAUUACUUGGCCCUUGGCUUUUGCAAAGUAAAUAAAGAUUUAAUGUAGUGUUUGAAUCCUAAGAAAACUUUUACAGCUUUAGGUAGCCCUUUCUAGUCUAUGAAGGAAACCUAUAUGUUCUGUGACACAAAUAUAUUGACAAUGGUAAUAUUUUAUUUCUUCCUAAUAGAUUUUUUUUUUUGCUUGUUUUGUUUUGGUUUUGCUCGUGCGUUAAAUCAGUAGAGCAUUGUUUGCACAAGCAGAAAAUAAACAUACUAAUGAGAGUGCUGCAUUUGGGGUUUCUUAAUCAUGUAGCAAAUACUUGUUAAGAUACAUUACAGUAUUUUCAGUAAGUAUGAACUUGUUUCAGAGGUCUUCGGUACAUUUAAGGAGAGCAAUAUGCAUCUAAAGUCACCUUAUUUUUAUUAAAUUAUAAAUCUGGGGGGGUGAAGCGAGUGUUGUGGCAGAGCAAUUUUGUACUAAUAACAUGUACAUUUUGUACUAACAAACAUGUAGCUUUUCAGCUAUGGUUUUCUUUCCAGCUCAUUCCUUUUUAAUCCUAAUUCAAAUUUGAUUUUGUGAAGUUGUAUUUUUCUAUGUAUGUAUGCAAUUUCAAACUGUUGUGAUUGGGUAAACUGAAAAGUGUUAAAUAUUGAGUUGUUUCUGAUAUUUAGAAUUUGGAAUAAAAUACCUCUUAAUAGGAA